UUUCAAAAGUGGCAUCAAUAAAGACACGCUUCAAUACACGUCUUACAAAAUCAUUAAUAAUCUGCAUAUCAACGAUUAUUACAUGGUGUCAGAAGUGAAAAUAUCAAUUGCAAACUAAAAAGGAACAAAAUGGAGCGAGUUCUACAAGAAAUCGACUGCUUAAUGCUGGCAUAUGAGUGGCCAAAAUGGAAGAGGUCGUUUAUCAUGUACAUUAUGGCGUCAGGCAAAGACUCAGAGCCAGAAGCCAAAAAGAUUGCCAUAUUCCUAUGGUUGGCUGGAUCAAAGGUCACGGAAAUAUACAGUACAUUGUUUCCCAACGAUGGAACCCCACAUGGCAUGGUCGGCACCAUGGUGACGUCUUCAGACCCGUCUACCUCUGCCGCGGACAUUUUUCCAAGUACUGCAAGCAGCAGAAGAAACGAGUGGAUAACAACAACUACAACAUCAGCAACAAACGAGUGGAUAACAACAACUACAAAAGCAAGCAGAUAGAUGUGGAUCGCAAGCAAACAGCCGGAGCAGUUAUUAAUUGGAUAGAAUCAGAAUAAGCGAGUGCGGGCUAAACAGAGUAAGAUGGACGAUAACCUAUAAAAUAAAUCGAAAAAGUGUUACGUUUAAAGUGGACACAGGCGCUGAUGUUAACUGCAUCCCAAGUGAUUUAGUUAAAGAAUUAAAACUUGAAGUUAAAAAAGAAAACAUUCUAAUUUUUGACUAUAAUAAUGUUAAAGUUAAUAAUUU